AUGGGCAACAAGCAGACAACCUUCACCGACGAGCAGCUGGAGGCGUUUCAGGAUUGUACUUUUUUCACACGGAAAGAAAUCUUACGGUUGCACGGCCGAUACCGAGAGCUGGCUCCACAUUUAGUCCCUCUGGAUUUCACCAACAGCCCCGACAUCAGGAUUCCACUGGCGCUUAUCGUCACUAUGCCCGAGCUCAAGGAAAACCCUUUUCGAGAUCGGAUCGUGGAGACGUUCUCGGAGGACGGAGACGGAAACCAGAGCUUUAACGACUUUGUGGACAUGUUUUCUGUUCUUUGUGAAGCCUCCCCUCGCGACCUCAAGACCAUCUACGCUUUUAAAAUCUAUGACUACAACCGGGACAGCUUCAUCUGUAAGGAGGACCUGCAGCAGGCCGUGGUGAAGCUGACCAAGGGAGAGCUGAGUGCCGAGGAGGUGACCCUGGUCUGUGAGAAGGUCAUGGAGGAGGCUGAUCUGGACGGAGAUGCAAAACUCUCCUUCAGCGACUUUGAAAACAUGAUCUCCAAAGCUCCAGACUUCCUCAGGUCAGCGCUCGUUUAA